CAUCGUCCUGAUCUCGCUGCCAACGAUGCUUGCCAAGGCUCUCCCCUUCCUGCGGACCCAACCUGCGCUACGCACAGGGCCGCUGCACACUGCCUCGCUCGCCUGGACGAUCGCUGCCCUUCGGCCGUCAUGUCGGCUGAUGUCUUCGGUUGCGUCGGCACCGUCCACGCAGAUGGUGUUUGAUCGCUCAGUCAAGAAGCUCCAGCGGGACCGAUCAGCCGUUGCCAAGGAUGCCCGGACAGUCGACUAUCUCAAGGACGAGGUCGCUGCCAGAGUCGUCGAUCGACUGUUGGACAUCAAGCGGAACUACAAAUCCAUUGUCGACUUGGGCUCGGGAGCAGGCCACAUCGUCAAGCAUCUCGAGUCUGACAUGACCGAGGAAGUGAUUAUGACGGACAUGUCGGAAAAACUACUCUAUCGUGAUCAGGAUUUGGACGCCGAGCGGGAAGUGACCAUCAAGCGCCAGAUUGUCGAUGAAGAGCUGCUGCCCUUCGAAGAAAACUCGGUCGAGUGCAUCCUGAGUAGUCUCUCGCUCCACUGGGUGAAUGACCUGCCCGGCAGCCUGAUCCAGAUCCGCCGAUCGCUCAAGCCGGACAGUGUCUUUAUCGGAGCCAUCUUUGGCGAAGACACACUCUACGAACUCAGGACAUCCCUGCAACUUGCCGAAAUCGAGCGAGUCGGCGGCAUUUCGCCCCAUGUCUCACCCAUGGCUACGGUGCGGGACAUUGGCAGUCUUCUUUCCCGAGCCGGUUUGGUGCUGACAACAGUCGACAUUGACGAGAUUGUGAUCAACUACCCAUCGAUGUUUGAGCUCAUCGAGGACCUUCAGACCAUGGGCGAGAGCAGCGCUCUGUUGGCCAGACACCAUCUUGGCAAAGACACGCUCGCGGCUGCCUCGGCCAUCUACAGGUCUGUCUAUGGAGAUCAGGAUGGGGCUGUCCCAGCGACCUUCCAGGUUAUCUACAUGAUUGGCUGGAAGGAAGACCCCUCGCAGCCCAAACCGCUCCCGAGGGGCUCGGCCGAAGUGUCGUUCAAGUCGCUCGAGACCCUCGGGGCCUCGUCGUGCUCCAAGCAUUCCCAUGCAGACAAGACGUCCUCUGGCUCUGGCGAGCAGCAGCCAUGAGAUCCCAACAGGAGCCCCGAACUUGCUUGUGGUGUGCUCGGGGAAACGGAACAUCCGGGCUGCCUCGGACCCGUGGAUGCUUUCCCGAAUAGACAUUUCCAAUGCCCACCGA